AUGGACAAGAAAAGAAGUUUAGUUAAAAAGCCAGAUAGAGGAAGUUUUUUAUUAGAUCACAAUAAUGAAUGCACAUCAAUUAAAAAUAAAUAUUUAAAAUGUUUAAAAGAAAAUUAUAAUGAUCACGUUAGUUGUAGAGAGUAUUCUAAACAGUAUUUCACAUGUAGAAUGGAUAAUAAUUUAUUAGAAAAGCAAAGUUUAAAUAAUUUAGGUUUUUCUGAAAAUGAAGUAAAUCAUGAAAGUAGAAUAAAAAACUUCAAAGAUGUAUAUAGUUACAAUACAUACAAUGAAAAAAUGGAAGAAUUGUCAAUGAACAAAUUAAAUAACAAAAAUAAUACACCCAUUAUAGAAACAUUUCCAUCUAAAGAAGUUAAACAAAAUAACAACAAAAACUCAGUGGAUACAAAAAAGGUAAAAAAAAAAGAGUUUCUGCUUUUAAAUAUAAAUAAUAAAAAUGAGAGAGAGAAAAAUUUAAAUUCAGAAAGUGCUGAAAAAAUUGAAGAAAAAAAAAUAACGAUAAAAAGAAAAGAAGCAGAUGGUUAUUUAGCAGGUAAAGAGUAUAUAAAAGCACUAUCAAAAAAAAAAAAAAAAUCUUUUUUUUUAAAUAACAUAUUUAAAAAUAAUAAUACCUAA